UCAGUCCCCUUCCCCUUCCCCACCCCGCCCCGCCGGGAACACGCGAGCCGUCGCCGCGCUCCCCAAACAACCGCCUGCGCUCGGCCAACCGUCCCCAACGGCCGCCCGCGCGCGGCUCCCAGGCGCCCUCGCUCCUCCCCUCGGGCCCCUCCGAGCGCCAGGGGUGCCAUCCUCCCAGCCGCCUCGCACUCCUACUUCGCAGGCACGCCGGUGGGCUGUGCCGCCAUGCCUCAGCCACAGGCUGCUCACGGGCCUAGGCGCGGUGGCCCGAGAUAGGGGCCCCUGAGCCUCCCGGGGGAGGAGAGAGGCGGCGAGCCGCGCGCUCCGCCCCCUCCCCCCGGGCCGUCGCCGCCGCCGCCUCGCCGCCCCAGCCUGGCGGGAGAAGGAGGAGGAGCAGCAGGCCGCCGGGCCCGGCGCCGCCGCCCGCAGGAUCACUCUGCAUCUAGUCGUUUUAUUGCUGGCCUAAUCAGAGAAAGGGGUUACCUCGAGAAAUGACAGGAUAUUUCUGAUUCAUUUGCAUCCUUGAAGAGCAUCUGUAGAAGAGGAAGUAAAAGAUGGGUGUGAAAACAUUUACUCAUAGCUCCUCUUCCCACAGCCAGGAAAUGCUUGGAAAGCUAAAUAUGCUGCGAAAUGAUGGACAUUUUUGUGAUAUCACUAUUCGUGUCCAGGACAAAAUCUUCCGGGCACAUAAGGUGGUACUAGCAGCUUGCAGUGAUUUCUUUCGCACCAAACUUGUAGGCCAAGCCGAGGAUGAGAACAAGAAUGUGUUGGAUCUGCAUCAUGUUACAGUGACUGGCUUUAUACCUCUUUUAGAAUAUGCUUACACAGCCACUCUAUCGAUUAACACAGAAAAUAUUAUUGAUGUUCUAGCAGCAGCCAGCUAUAUGCAAAUGUUCAGUGUCGCCAGCACCUGCUCAGAGUUUAUGAAAUCAAGCAUUUUAUGGAAUACACCCAACAGCCAACCUGAAAAGGGUCUAGAUGCUGGGCAAGAAAAUAAUUCUAACUGCAAUUUUACUUCUCGAGAUGGGAGCAUUUCUCCCGUGUCCUCAGAGUGCAGUGUGGUAGAAAGAACGAUUCCUGUCUGCCGAGAAUCCCGGAGAAAGCGUAAAAGCUACAUUGUUAUGUCUCCUGAAAGUCCUGUAAAGUGUAGCACACAAACAAGUUCACCCCAGGUACUGAAUUCUUCAGCUUCCUACUCAGAAAAUAGAAACCAACAAGUUGACUCUUCCUUAGCUUUUCCCUGGACUUUUCCUUUUGGAAUUGAUCGAAGGAUUCAGCCUGAGAAAGUUAAGCAAGGAGAAAAUACCCGGACUUUAGAAUUACCUGGCCCAUCUGAGACUGGUAGAAGAAUGACUGAUUAUGUGACUUGUGAGAGCACAAAAACUACCUUGCCUUUAGGUACCGAAGAAGAUGUCCGGGUCAAAGUAGAAAGGUUAAGUGACGAGGAAGUCCAUGAGGAAGUGUCCCAGCCUGUCAGUGCAUCUCAGAGUUCCCUGAGUGAUCAGCAGACAGUUCCAGGAAGUGAACAAGUCCAAGAGGACCUUCUGAUUAGUCCACAGUCUUCCUCUAUAGGUUCAGUAGAUGAAGGUGUUACUGAGGGGUUGCCCACACUUCAAAGCACGUCUAGCACUAAUGCUCCUGCGGAUGAUGAUGAUCGAUUGGAAAAUGUUCAGUAUCCCUACCAACUCUACAUUGCUCCUUCUACCAGCAGUACAGAACGACCAAGUCCAAAUGGUCCAGACAGACCUUUUCAGUGUCCAACCUGCGGGGUGCGAUUCACCCGUAUUCAGAACCUAAAGCAGCACAUGCUCAUCCACUCAGGAAUUAAACCAUUUCAGUGUGACCGCUGUGGGAAAAAGUUCACCAGGGCUUACUCGCUAAAGAUGCAUCGCCUAAAGCAUGAAGGUAAACGCUGUUUCCGGUGCCAGAUAUGUAGUGCCACUUUCACUUCCUUCGGGGAAUAUAAACACCACAUGAGGGUUUCCCGGCACAUUAUCCGCAAGCCUCGGAUUUACGAGUGCAAAACAUGUGGCGCCAUGUUCACCAACUCUGGAAAUUUAAUCGUGCACCUGAGGAGUCUGAACCAUGAAGCAUCAGAGCUAGCAAACUACUUCCAGAGCAGUGAUUUCCUAGUGCCGGACUACUUAAACCAGGAACAGGAAGAGACCCUUGUUCAAUAUGAUCUUGGAGAACACGGUUUUGAAAGCAACUCCUCUGUUCAAAUGCCUGUAAUUUCACAGGUCUCCUCGACCCAGAAUUGUGAAAGCACUUUUCCCUUGGGGUCUCUUGGUGGGCUGGCAGAAAAAGAGGAAGAAGUGCCCGAGCAGCCAAAGACCAGUGCUUGUGCCGAGGCAACCAGAGAUGACCCCCCAAAGUCAGAGCUGUCUUCUAUAACUAUUGAGUAAUUUUGUGAUUUGGCUUCAUUUUUGUUUUUUGGAAAGUGCCUGUGCUUGGUCUUGUACAUUUAAAUUAAAUUUAAUUUUUUAAACAAAAAAAGCUGGGCAGCAGGGGAGGGGGAGAUUGGGAAAGAAUUUCCCUUUUUACUUUCUGAGCCCGAAACUAAUUUUAUUUUUCAUAAAUGAGAGAUUGCUUCUGUAAGUACAUGAUAACAUGAUGUUGAAACAGAAACUACGAGACCUAAGGAGAACUGGUUGACUUAAAACAUACAUACACCAGUUUCUUCCAUUGUUAAAAGUAGGCUAACAACAGAUCAUUAGCUAGAGAGGAAAUCAGAUGAUUAUUGACCUUCUUGAGAUGAAAAAGUACACAAGAAACUACUAAACAGUUUGACAAAUGGCCUGAAUAGAUACUUACUGCUGUACACAAGAUGUUGUAUAAUAUUUUGUGAAGCCUGUUGUUACCUUCUUUAAGCUUUCUUAAAAAUUAUUAGAGUAAAUACUUCCGAAAUCCAGCAUACUUUUUUUUUAAAGCCUUGUCAUUUCUAUUAUGUUUUUUCCUGGUGAAAUUUUGGUACUGCAGUGGGCAUUUUCUGUACCUUUAUAGUACCACUCCAAAGGUAAAGAGCUAUGAUUGACAACAGUCAAGCUGUGGAUGAAAUGACCAGGAAUGGAGAGUGAAAUAUGUAAAUCUCAGCUUCAUAGGAACUUCUCAUAUUGCUUUUCUGACUAAAAUUGCUGUUUACCUGGUCUCUGAAUGUUAAUGUCUAGUUUAAGUCAUUGCCCAAAUCAGUUAAUCAGUUUUCCUCUUGCCCCAUCAAUGUGUUCUCCUCUUGCAUAUAUUGGCCUGCUGCCAUAUAAAUUAAAAUGUUAGAGAUAUUCUAUAUUUUACAUAUAGGUUUAUGUAUUGUUGGGGAUGUUUUCGUUGUGCUCUUUUGGAUGUAAUAAAGAAUUCUCUG